UUACUGUGUUAGAGAUUUUUGUUGCCGUUGAUUUGACCAAAAUAUUAAGAAGAAAUGACGUGUUUUUAUUCAAACCUCACCUAACAUUGUUGAUUGCUACAUGUUUGUUUGGCCUACUUUGUUAAGCACCAACACAUUUGAUCAAACUAUAAUUGGAAAUAAUGGGCAAUAAAAACAUAGCUGCCAGUAUUACCAAAAAUACCGAUGGAGAAUAGAAAAACGAUAACAAUGCAUUGAGAGGACAUAUACAGUACUAAAACUACUUGUUCAACAUGGAGAAACUACCUUCAACAUCAGGAGGCCUAAAAACUUCUAUACCACAAGAAUUACAGGAGGAAAUCGACGGGAUAGCUGCAAAACUACCACGAGUAACAGCAAAUCUAGCAGAUUUAGAUGAUAACCAGAAAAGAUGGCUGAUUGUUGGAAUAUGUCUUCACAGCGUAAUAUCACCAGCACUGAGGAAAUAUAUUGUUCCAAUUUUAACAGUACUUUAUAAUGAACUAAUUCGCUAUCAGAAGAUUGAUACGCAAACAUAUCCAACACAUUUAAAGCAAUAUCCACCAACAAACGCCUACCUGAAUUACGAAGCCGUCAACAACAACAAAGCAACGUAUGGUUAUCAGAAGGCAAAGUAUGACUACACAAUCAAGAGUGUUGUUGAUUUAUCCAAGCUAUUUCUACAACCACACAUGGCACACUAUACAGGUUUUGAUGAAACAUGCGACUCCUCCGCUGUGCUUGGAUUAAUCAUCAACAUUGAUAAGUUCUUUCCAGUUGUAAAGUCAGAUGCUGAAGAUGUACGGAAAAAUAUAAGGAAUCCCUGGGCUCAUUGUGAUUUCACUGAAUGGGACGCUGUAAAGUAUGCAGAUUCAUUCCAGCUGAUGGAGAAGCUAGUUAAAGACCUCAGUCUGAGUUCCAACGAAGAACAUCAAAUCAUAGGGGAAAUGACAAAAUGGGAAAUAAAUGGUAAACAUUUUUUGAGUGGUACAACUCUUGGUCUGGAAUUAGUCAAUGAUAUUCGUCAACAAACACAAGUUUUAGCUGAAUAUACAAAACUGGUAGCAGAUGAAACAGAUCAAAAUUCUAUGAGAAUCAAGAAUGUAAUGGAAAAUUUCGAUAUCCUCCUUAAUAGAUUAACUCAGUUAGAGAAAGAAAUGAAGACAGGAUUUUUGGAAAUAAACAAAAGGUUGUUGGCUAAAGAGGAAAAUCAUGAUACACUAUUCGAUUCCCAGAAUGUUGAAAUUAUGUUUUGGAAAGAACAAGAAGACCUUUUUGUUGAUACACCUGUAGUUAACGUGAUUUCACAGAUCCUUCAAUCAGAAAAUAGUGUCUUAAUAGUAGGAGAACCAGGUAUCGGUAAGAGCAUGUUGUUGCAUCAAGUUUCUUUGAAACUACAAAAGAAGCUUGAUUAUAAUAUAAUUCCAUGUACUGGUAUAAAGGAUAUACUACAACAUUACAAAGAAGACAAAAGACAGAUGUUUGUUAUAGAUGACAUUUAUGGACGAUUCACAGUCAGUUUGCCUGAUAUUGAGCAUUGGAUAAAAAAUGAAGACUUGUUUAAACGAAUUCUGGAAAAGAAGAAGACAAAAAUAGCAGCAGCAUGUCGAUUGGAUAUUUUCAGUGAUAAAAAAGUUCAAGUAUCGUGUACUGUUUUCAAAUCGAAUAUUUUUAACUUGUCUGUAAAAUAUGCAAGAGAGGACAAAUUAGCGAUCUGUAAAAAGUAUUUAUCUGAAACUAAUAUACAGCUGUUAAAAGAUCAAAAGGUAGAUUUUACACCACUGAUGUGUUAUCUUUAUUCAAAAAACGAAACUUUUAAUCUGACUGAUUUUUUAGAAUGUCCUUUCGAAACGUACAAAAAGGAAUGGGACAAGUUAAAAGAAUUUGAUCCAUACAAAUAUUGUUCACUAUUCUUAUGUGUAAUUUAUAAUGGCAUCAUGAAGGAAUCGUUUUUUGAUAUAUAUAAUGAAAAUAAUAGCAUAAAACAAACGGCCUUGGAACACAUUUUUGAAAUCUGCGAAAUCAACCGUGGUACAUCUAGAUGUAAAAUUAAGACAGUUUUGGACAGCAUAAUAGGAACUUAUGUUUGGAAAAAAAGAAUUGAAUAUAGGGUCAUUCAUGAUCAAAUGUUUGAUUUUAUGUGUUGUUAUUUCGGUAACAAGGAUACAAUGGUCAGAUGUAUAUUGCGUUAUUCAGAUAUCAGAGUUUUCAAUCAACGGACACAGCUUGAAUCCUUAAAUGAACAUCAUGGCAAAUUUACUAUUAUGAUAUCAAAGAAGUAUGAAAAGGAAUAUUUCACGAGAAUAAAAAGCGAGAUACAACUUGGAAAAUUAAAUCAAUGUUUUUAUAAUACACAAAUGAAGUAUGCAGAUUAUAGAACUUCCUUCCUCAAAAUGUUAAAGUCUAUUGACGACAAGUUACUUAUUGCACAAAUAAACCAAAGAAAAACCAAUCGCUUAAACCAUCGAAUUGCAAAAUUACUUGAAACAAUGGAAUCUGGAAAUUGUUCAGAUGAUGAUGAUGAUGAUGAUGAUGAUGAUGAUGAUGAUGAUGAUAAUGAUGAUGAUGAUGAUGAUAAUGGUGAUGAUCAUUUGACGGAAGGACCUUUUAUAAAAUCAUGCUUGUGGGGAUAUUACGAAAUAUUUCAAUACUUUAUUUCCAAAAAUGUUGAUAUUAAGAAUUGUGAGUCGCUGUACUCACCUCUGACAGCUGCUUGUGCCGGAGGAAAUGAGCAGAUAGCAAAAUUACUUAUAGACAAAGGAAGUAAUAUAAACCAGAUUGAUGGUAUGGGAAAGACACCUCUGACUGCUGCUUGUAAAGGAGGACAUGAGCAACUAGUACAGUUACUUAUAGACAAAGGAAGUCAUGUUAACCAUGACAAUAUAAAGGGGCAGAGUCCUCUGACAGUUGCUUGUAAAGAAGGACAUGAGAAGAUAGUACAGUUACUUAUACAAAACGGAGGUGAUGUAACCCAGGCUGGUGGUAAUAGACAGACACUUCUGACAGCUGCUUGUAAGGGUGGGAAUGAAAAGAUAGUACAUUUACUUAUAGGCACCGAGAAUGAGGUUAACCUGGUUGAUCUUUUUGGACAAACACCUUUGACGGCUGCGUGUGACGUAGGGAAUGAGAAGAUAGCACAGUUACUUAUAGAGAAAGGGAGCGAUGUAAACCAGGUUGAUCAAAGGGGACAGACACCCCUUAUAGCUGCAAGUAAUAGUAGAAAUGUAAAGAUUGUACAGUUACUAAUAGACAAAGGAAGUGAUAUAAACCAGAUUGGUAUGUUAGGGCAAACAUCUCUAACAACUGCUUGUAUGAGAGGAAAUGAGAAGAUAGUAAAGUUACUUAUAAGCAAAGGUAGCGAUAUUAACCUUGUUGGUCAUAUUGGGCACACCCCACUGACAGCUGCUUGUAAGAGUGGAAAUUCGACGAUAGUUCAGUUACUUAUAGACAAUGGAAGUGAGGUUAACAAGGUUAUUCAUUUAGAGGAUACCCCUCUGACAGCUGCUUGUCGUGGUGAAAAUGAGAAUAUAGUACGGUUACUUAUAGACAAAGGAAGUGAUGUGAACCUAGCUGAUGGUAAUGGACAGACACCUCUUAUAUCUGCUUGUAAGUCAGGAAAUGAGAAGAUGGUACAUUUGAUUUUAGAAAAAGAUGGUGAAGUUAACCAGGUUGAUCAUAUGGAACAAACACCACUGAUAACUGCUUGUGAGUUAGGAUAUGAGAAGAUAGUACAUUUACUUUUAGACAAAGGUAGUGAGAUUAAUAAAUUUGAUCGUAUGGGACAGACACCUCUGAUAGCUGCUUGUUUUGGAGAAAAAAGGAGGAUAGUACAGUUACUUAUAGACAAAGGAAGUGAGGUUAAUCAGGUUGAUGCUUUGGGACAGACUCCUCUGACAGCUGCUUGUGAUGUAGGCAACGAGAAGAUAGUACAUAUACUUAUAGACAAAGGAAGUGAGGUAAACCGAGUUGAUCGUGUUGGAAAUAUACCUCUGAUAGCUGCUUGUAACGCACAAAAUGAGAAGAUAGUCCAGUUACUUAUAGACAAUGGAAGUGAGAUUAACGAGGUUGACGAUUCGGGACAUUCACCACUGAUAACUGCUUGUUAUAAAGGAAAUGAAAAUAUUGUAAAGCUACUAAUAGACAAGGUGAGUGAGAUAAACCAGGUUGAUGGUAAAGAACAGACACCUCUGACAGCUGCUUGUUAUGGAGGUAAUGAUAAGAUAGUACAGAUACUUUUAGACAAAGGAAGUGAUUUUAACCAGGUUUCUGGUUUUGGGCAGACACCUCUGACAACUGCUUGUUUUGGAAGAAAUGAGAUGACGGUACAGUUACUUAUAAACAGAGGAAGUGAGAUUAACCAGGUUGAUCGUUUGGGACAGACACCUCUGACAGCUGCUUGUUUUGGAAGUAAUGAGAAAAUAAUACAGUUACUCAUAGAUGAAGGAAGUGAGGUUAACAUGGUGAAUGGUUUGGGCCAAACACCUCUGAUUGCUGCUUGUUUGGAAAGAAAUGAGAAAAUAGUACAGCUACUUAUAUACAAUGGAAGUGAUGUGAAUCAGGCUGAUAAAAAUGGACAAACACCUCUGAUGGCUGCUUGUGUCAGUAGAAAUGAGAAAAUAGUACAGCUACUAAUAGACAAAGGAAGUGGUGUUAACAAGAUUGAUAAAAAUGGACAGACACCUCUGAUCGCUGCUAGUUUUGGAGGCAAUGAGAAGAUAGUAGAUAUACUUAUAGAAAAGGGAAGUGAUGUUAACCAGAUCGAUCGUAAGGGACAGACACCUCUGAUAGCUGCUUGUUAUGGCGUAAAUGUGAAAAUAAUACAGUUUCUUAUAGAUAAAGGAAGUGAGAUUAACAAGGUUGAUUUUUUGGGACAGACACCUCUGACAGCUUCUUGUGGGAUAGGCAACGAGCAGAUAGUACAGUUACUUAUAGACAAAGGUUGUGAAUAUGGCCAGGUUGAUUGUUUUGGACAGACACCUCUGAUAGCUGCUUGUUAUGGAAGAAAUGAGAAGGUUGUACAAUUUUUUAUAGACAAAGGAAGUAAAGUUAAUGAGGCUGAUAGUUUUGGGCAAACACCUCUGACAGCUGCUUGCUAUGGAGGGAAUGAAAAUAUAGUACAAUUACUUAUAGACAGAGGAAGUGAUGUGAAUCAGGUUGAUGGAAAAGGACAGACACCUCUGAUGGCUGCCUGUUAUGGACGGAAUGAGAAGAUAGACCAGUUACUCAUUGAUAAAGGUAGUGAAGUUGACCAGUUUCCUGGUUUGGAAAAGGCACCUCUAAUGGCUGCUUGUUUUGGGAGAAAUGAAAAUAUAGUACAGCUUCUUAUAGAUGAGGGUAGUAAUGUAAACAAAAUUGAUUGUAAAGGGCACACACCACUGACAAUUGCUUGCAAAGGAGGCUGUGAGAAAGUAGUAAAGUUACUUAUACUGAAAGGAAGUAGGGUUAAUCUGGUUGGUGGUAAAGCGCAGACACCUCUGACAGCUGCUUGUGAAGUAGGAAAUGAUAGGAUAGUCCAGUUACUUAUAGAAAAAAGAAGUGAUGUUAACCAGGUUGAUGGUAUAGGGCAUACACCUCUAACCAUUGCUUGUGAGGUAGGAAACGAGAAGAUAGUACAAUUACUUAUACGCCAUUCAAGUGAUGUUAACCAGUUUGAUGGUAAAGGGCAUCCACCUUUGGCAGCUGCCUGUAAUGGAGGAAAUGAGAAAAUAGUACAGUUACUGAUAGGCAAAGGAAGUGAGGUGAAUCAGGUUGAUGGUAACGGAUAUACACCUCUGACAAUUGCUUGUUGUAUAGGAAACGAGCAGUUAGUACAGUUUCUUAUACGCAAUGGAAGUGAGGUUAACAAGGUUGGUGGUAAAGGGCAUCCACCUCUGACAGCUGCUUGUAAAGAAGGAAAUGAAAAGAUAGUGCAGUUACUAAUAGACAAAGGAAGUGAUGUUAACCAGGUUGAUGGUAUGAAGCAGACACCCCUGACAGCUGCUUGUGAAGAAGGAAAUAAAAAGACAAUACAGUUACUAAUAGACAAAGGAAGUGAUGUUAACCAGGUUGAUUCUAAAGGGCAUACACCUCUGACAUCUGCUUGUUGUUUAGGAAACGAACAGUUAGUACAGUUUCUUAUACGUAAUGGAAGUGAGAUUAACAAGCUUGGUGGUAAAGGACAUACACCUCUGACCGCUGCUUGUAAAGGAGGAAAUGAGAAGAUAGUACAGUUACUUAUGGAUAAAGGAAGUGAGGUUAACCAGGUUGAUGGUUUAGGGCAGACACCUUUGACAGCUGCUUGUGAAAUAGGAAAUGAAAGCAUAGUCCAGUUACUUUUAGAACAAAGAAUUGAUGUUAACCAGGUUGAUGGUUUAGGGCAGACACCUCUGAUAGCUGCUUGUGAAAUAGGAAAUGAACAGAUAGUACAGUUUCUGAAAGAUAAAGGAAGUGAGGUGAAUCAGGUUAAUUGUAACGGAUAUACACCUCUGACAAUUGCUUGUUGUUUAGGAAACGAGCAGUUAGUAGAGUUUCUUAUACGCAAUGGAAGUGAGGUUAACAAGCUUGGGUAUAAAGGACAUACACCUCUGACAGCUGCAUGUAAAGGUGGAAAUGAGAAGAUAGUACAAUUACUUAUGGAUAAAGGAAGUGAAGUUAACCAGGUUGAUGAUUUUAAGCAGACACCUUUGACAGCUGCUUGUGAAAUAGGAAAUGAACAUAUAUUACAGUUACUGAUAGACAAAGGAAGUAAGGUGAAUCAGUUUGAUGGUAACGGAUGUACACCUCUGACAAUUGCUUGUUGUUUAGGAAACGAGCAGUUAGUACAGUUUCUUAUACGCAAUGGAAGUGAGGUUAACAAGCUUGGAGGUAGAGGACAUACAUCUCUAACAGCUGCUUGUAAAGGAGGAAAUACAAAGAUAGUACAGUUACUUAUGGAUAAAGGAAGUGAAGUUAACAAGAUUGAUGAUUUUGGGCAGACACCUUUGACAGCUGCUUGUGAAAUAGGAAAUGAACAUAUAUUACAGUUACUGAUAUACAAAGGAAGUGAGGUGAAUCAGUUUGAUGGUAACGGAUGUACACCUCUGACAAUUGCUUGUUGUUUAGGAAACGAGCAGUUAAUACAGUUUCUUAUACGCAAUGGAAGUGAGGUUAACAAGCUUGGUGGCAAAGGACAUACACCUCUGACAGCUGCUUGUAAAGGAGGAAAUGAAAAGAUAGUACAGUUACUUAUGGAUAAAGGAAGUGAUGUUAACCAGGUUGAUGAUUUUGGGCAGACUCCUUUGACAGCUGCUUGUGAAAUAGGAAAUGAACAUAUAUUACAGUUACUGAUAGACAAAGGAAGUGAGGUGAAUCAGUUUGAUGGUAACGGAUGUACACCUCUGACAAUUGCUUGUUGUUUAGCAAACGAGCAGUUAGUACAGUUUCUUAUACGCAAUGGAAGUGAGGUUAACAAGCUUGGUGGUAAAGGACAUACACCUCUGACAGCUGCUUGUAAAGGAGGAAAUGAAAAGAUAGUACAGUUACUUAUGGAUAAAGGAAGUGAAGUUAACAAGAUUGAUGAUUUUGGGCAGACACCUUUGACAGCUGCUUGUGAAAUAGGAAAUGAACAUAUAUUACAGUUACUGAUAUACAAAGGAAGUGAGGUGAAUCAGUUUGAUGGUAACGGAUGUACACCUCUGACAAUUGCUUGUUGUUUAGGAAACGAACAGUUAGUACAGUUUCUUUUAAGCAAUGGAAGUGAGGUUAACAAGCUUGGAGAUAAAGGACAUACGCCUCUAACAGCUGCUUGUAAAGGAGGAAAUGAAAAGAUAGUACAGUUACUUAUGGAUAAAGUAAGUGAUGUUAACCAGGUUGAUGAUUUUGGGCACACACCUUUGACAGCUGCUUGUGAAAUAGGAAAUGAACAUAUAUUACAGUUACUGAUAGACAAAGGAAGUGAGGUGAAUCAGUUUGAUGGUAACGGAUGUACACCUCUGACAAUUGCUUGUUGUUUAGGAAACGAGCAGUUAGUACAGUUUCUUAUACGCAAUGGAAGUGAGGUUAACAAGCUUGGUGGUAAAGGACAUACACCUCUGACAGCUGCUUGUAAAGGAGGAAAUGAAAAGAUAGUGCAGUUACUUAUGGAUAAAGGAAGUGAUGUUAACCAGGUUGAUGAUUUUGGGCAGACACCUUUGACAGCUGCUUGUGAAAUAGGAAAUGAACAUAUAUUACAGUUACUGAUAGACAAAGGAAGUGAGGUGAAUCAGUUUGAUGGUAACGGAUAUACACCUAUGACAAUUGCUUGUUGUUUAGGAAACGAGCAGUUAGUACAGUUUCUUAUACGCAAUGGAAGUGAGGUUAACAAGCUUGGUGGUAAAGGAUAUACACAUCUAACAGCUGCUUGUAAAGGAGGAAAUGAAAAGAUAGUACAGUUACUUAUAGAUAAAGGAAGUGAAGUUAACCAGGUUGAUGAUUUUGGGCAGACACCUUUUACAGCUGCUUGUGAAAUAGGAAAUGAACAUAUAUUACAGUUACUGAUAUACAAAGGAAGUGAGGUGAAUCAGUUUGAUGGUAACGGAUGUACACCUCUGACAAUUGCUUGUUGUAUAGGAAACGAGCAGUUAGUACAGUUUCUUCUAGGCAAAAAAAGUGAGGUCAACCAGGUUGAUGGUCAGGGAUUCACUCCUCUGAUAAAUGCUUGUUUUGUUGGAAGAAAUGAAAAGAUAGUACAGUUACUUAUAGACAAAGGAAUAAAGGUUAACCAGUCUGAUGGUUUUGGACAAACACCUUUGAUAGCAGCUUGUUUUGGACAAAAUGAGAAGAUAGUACAGUUACUUAUAGACAAAGGAAGUGAUAUUAACCAGGUUGAUAGUAAGGGACAGACACCUCUGAUGGCUGCUCUUUAUGGAGAAAAUGAGAAGAUAGUUCAGUUAAUCAAAGAAAAAGACAGCGAGUUUCAAGAAAUUGCAUCUACUUGUAAGGAAGAAAAUGAGGAAAUACUAUAUUUACGUUUAGACCAAGGAAGUGAGAUCAAUCACGCAGGUGCUCUAUGACAGACCUCCUUGCCAAAUACUUGUCGACGAGGGCGUCAGAUGGUAGUACAAUUAUCUGAGAGAUAUGGAUGAGCUGUUUAUCUGUCCAAUGAUAGGAUAAAAUCACCUCUGUUGUUAGAAAGAAAGAAUAAGAGGAUACCAUAGUUAUUUAUAAGAAAUGGAACUGACAUAUUAAAUGAAUUGAAAUAAGGACAUACGUAACCGAGAGCCACUUAAAAAAAAAGGUCGAACGAGAGCAUGUGUUCAGUUUCUACCUGCGGACAGUAUACUUAGAGGUUUUAUGUUCAUAUUUUGUGAUAAUGCUUGUACCUGAAAUUUCUAGAACAUUUUUUACCCUAUUGUUUCCAACUGGACAAUUUUGUAAAACUUAAUUAAACAUAUAUAUAUAUAUAUAUAUUGUGCUUCUCUAUGACUAUCAACAUACUUUAUUUCAUUGUAAAAUAUAUUUAGCACCAAUUAUAUUGGCUAAAAUUUUGUAAUGCUGGGUUACUUUUUAAAACUUUUAUGCCCUUAAUCAUUAUUUCCUUCAAACUCAUUUUUUAAUUGAUAGCAAUACAAAUUCGUUAUUUGUUUGUUUUUCUUAUUGUUUUGCAUGUUUAUAAUUCUGAUUUGAUAACGAUGUAUUGUCAUUGAUGUCAUUCUCAACUUGAGUUUGAUUCUCCUCUGGUAUCGUCUGCCUCUUUUCAACAGUACUUUAAAAACUUCAUUAUCAUUUAUACACCUACAGCUGAACAGAAAUGUCCCGAGUAGAUACUUGAAGUACAUCAUAUAAAAGUACCUUGAAUUUGUGCGUUGAUUUAUUUCUGUUGUUUAAGUUGUGAUGUGCUUCCAGUACUUAUCAAUUUCAGUGAUAUUUAUAACUAAUCCAAUAUUCCUAUAUAAUUAUGUAAUAUAUUCACAGCAGUAAUCGUACAAAAUUAAAUGUUAGUCGAUCGUUUGUUACUUUGAAUAUAUAAGUAUUGCCUGGUGUUGAGGUUUUCAUAUGAUAUGCAUCUAACAAUUUGUAUUAUUUUGGUACAUAUAUAGAUAUUUUUAUUUUGUAUUAGUUAAAUAUUCCACCCUUAUGAUAUUUAAAGUCUGUAAUUUCUUUAGGAUAACCAAAAAUAACAACUUUAUAAAUCUUGAUUAUGCCAGCUAGCCAAACACCAAAACAAUGACCAUUAAUAACGUAUCGAAAUACGACAAAAUUUAUUUUCAAUUUCCACUUUGCUACUGAAUUGGUAAGGUAUAUUUGUAAGCCUUAAUUAAUAUAAUUUGAUAUAAAGAACAACAAUAACAGCGCUGUUCAUCUGCUAUUUGUAAAAUGAAUGAAAGGAUUUAUGAUACGAAUAAAAAAACUUCUUUUUCCUAUUAAGACCUUUAUCAUGAUGAUUUCAUCUACAUCCUGUAAAAGGACUGUCUUAAAUUGAAACAUGUAUUAUUUUUGAGGAUUUUUUAUCAAUGGAUAUAAUUAAACAUUUUAGAUAUGUAUUUGUAUGUUUAUGUUUCGCUAAUUUUUAAUUAUUGUCAAAUAUUAUAACAAUCCUGUAAUUUUGAAUUUGAUACCAAUAAAAUAUCUUUACUUUUA